CUGCGCAGGCGCACUGUGAGAACAAUUGAUUCACGCGGGUGUUCAGUGGCAGAACUUCUCCGGUGAAUCUCCGGUAAAGUUUUCGGUUAGCUGUUACAGGAAUGUGCUAACUGUUAGCCAUACACAGUGCAGUCUACACUGUUAGCUAACGGGUAGCUAACAGUUAGGCCUUCCGCGGUUUGACGUUAGCUGCGAAGUUAGCCAGGGAGCUAACUAGACGUGCUGUUAGCUAACUUUAGCUUUAGCAUCAACGUCUGUUUACCACAGUUCAGGAGGAUCAGCUGACUCUCCGUUCCCACCACAGAAGAAGAAGAGGAGGAGGAUGGUGUCAGAGAGAGGGGUGGGAAAGAAGAGGGGGGGGGCGGCGCUGUCUCGGGACGACUGUCUCUGUCCCGUCUGUCUGGAGAUCUUCAUGGAGCCGGUUACUCUGCCCUGCACACACUCCUUCUGCAAGGUCUGUUUCCUGGAGUCCGUGGACAAGGCCACCCUGUGCUGUCCACUGUGCAGGAAGAGGGUCUCCAGCUGGGCUCGUCUCCACAGCAGGACCAACUCUCUGGUGGACCAGGACCUCUGGACCAGGAUCCAGACCUCCUUCCCUCUGCAGUGUCAGCGCCGCCUCAACGGCCAGGACGCUGAGCCAGACGGCCCAGGAGGUACCACACACACGCAC